CCAAGUAAAAAAAAUUUCCGUCAAGUCCUACAUAAACACCAGAAGGUUAUGUUUUCACAAAAUUCUUCAACCUAAUUCACAUCAUCACUGAUUUUCCAUUGAAAUUCACGAGUCAGAGGUAAUUGACGAAUUCUACGAUCAGAAUUGAAGCAUUAACUUCGCUUUACCAGUGAAAUUCAACCAUUUGCUCCAGUGUUUUGUGCCAGAAGUGAAAUAAACAGAGCAGGCUCGAAAAAUAAGUAAACAAAACGUCUCUGACAAAUCGUAAAGAUGACGUCGGUGGAUUCAGGCGUUGACACUGGCAAUGACUCCAAUGACAGUGGCCAAGCUGAGGGACAAUUGCUGUUCGCACCACCAUCCACAAACUCUGUUAAACGAGGAAGAAUUGUCGAGGUGAAGAGGAACCCGGAGGAUAAUGGAAAACAGUUGGAGAUUGUGGAGACGAGUAAUGAACAAACAACUACACCCACGACAAUUCUAUGUCUCACCCAGAAUUCAAGCCCAUUAUCUCUUCAUUUUGUGAGGAAUGGGGAUGCACCUGGAGGUGCUCUUGCUCUGGAACGGACUCUAGAAUUUUGUUUACCAGAGCCUGUGCUAAGGGCAGAUAGCAAAUGGCUCUGUAAAAAUAAUGUCAAAGAACAACUGGGUAGCAUAAAAUUCCAUUCAGAACACCUCGGUGACAUAGGAUUCCAUUCACAUAAAUUGUGUAAUAAGAGCGGAAGGGCAUAUACUAGAAGCGAAAGGGCAUGCAGUACAAGAGAAAGAAGACAAGCUGGAGAUCCAUUUCAGCGUUCAAUGUGGGAAAAACGGAUGCGUCUUGCGGCAGCAACCAACAAUGUAGAGUUGAUAACCAGUCUCCUGGAGAAAGGGGUGUCCCCUAACAAUGCUGACGCCCAAGGACGCUCUCCCCUCCACUUGGCGUGCUCCAGUGGCUACACGGACAUCGUUAAAUUACUACUGGAUUAUGGGGCUGAUCCCAACAGAACUGACACACUGGGAAAUACUCCACUGCAUCUGGCAGCUGUCACCUCCAAAACAUCAGUUGUUGUUCUCUUGUUGAAGGCUGGAACCAAUGUAUUGUCCUUUGAUCGUCAUGGGUACAAUCCCCUUCAGCUCGCUCAAACGAAACUACGAAUGCUCCAGAAUUCCAAGAGCUCGGAAAUCAGCCAAGUUAAGGAGGAAGUUCACAAAGUUGUGGAGAUGCUUCUCGCUUAUCUCCAACAGCAGAAGGACGUUGGCGUACAAAUCGAGGCUCUGAGCUCUUUCUGCUCAAGACUCUCUUUGUCAAACACCACUGACCAGGUGCAGGACGAUGUCAAGGACCUUCUCGCAAGCAUUGAUUCACUCAGUUUGAGUAAUAACUGAAGAUUCUUCGUUAAUUUUUCAUUGUUUUUUGUGGGAGCGAGUGGAAGUCUCUGUCAUUAAAUCAACAGUUGGAGAACAUUCCAUUGGAGAAAUCAACCCUCAUACGUAAUUUUAUAUAUUUUUUUGCAUUAAAAAUAUAUUAAAAUGAUUUUUUCAUUCAUUUCAACGAUUUUUUGAUCGAAUUAUUCAUUCAUAUUCUUAAAUUUUUCAUUUUCUUUGAGACAUUCUGGCGAUAUUUUAUGGGUCUCCCCUAAAUUUGUUCGCUCAUGGCGACUUCCAUACAACGUCUCCUUAGUUUUUCAAUGAGAAAAAUGAAAAAAUAGGAUCAGAAAAUGUUGAGAUCUUGUCAAUUGCAUCUCAUGUCAGGAGUGAUGAAUAAAGGAGGUUUUUUGUAGAUCUAAAUGAUAAAAAGAGUUAUUUUGAAAAGGAGAUUGCAUUAGUGAUGGAGUGAUAGAAUAUUUUCUCUCAAAUGUUGAAUUAUUUCAUUGAAUUUAAUGGUUUUGGUGAGAAAUGUCGAGACACCAUCCUCUUAAAACAUAUUCUUCAUAGAAUGACAUUUUGUCCGGAACCACUCAUCACUGACACAAAUACAUGAUUAGUAACAACUAUUAAAUUAUCUAAUUGAUUUGAUCAACAAAAUGUCGACACUAAUUUUUUGCAAGUGAGGAAGUUUCUUACAAAAAACUUUUCUAGACGAAUUUGUAAUGAAAAAAAAAUUAUAUUCAACUUUUAACGUUCUAUUGCUUCAUUACUGCAUCCACAUCAAUCUCGUUUUUAUAUAAUUAUCAUUAUAUAUUAAUAUUAAUAUUAUUAUUUGAAUUGUGGACUAUCGUUUCUGCCGAAUGAACUGCUGUGAUUGUCUAACGAGCAAUAACAUUUUCCCCCUGUGAGAUACAUCGCCAUGAUUGCUCCAUUGUUUCAAAUACUUAUCAUUUCUUAUUCGAGGUUUAUCAGCAUUGUAAAUAUCCAGUGUAAUUGAAUUGGCAUCAGCUAUAAUGCAGUGAGUCAGUAGAUGAGUGGUCUAUCUGUUCCUCUCCGAUAAUUAUAGCUGAUAAAAUUAUAUAUGCGUAUGUGUGCAGCUAUUGCCUGUAGUUUUUAUACUCGUGAA